AUGCCAGUGAAGGGGAAUUUCCUUGGCAGGCAAGAUCCAGCGGAUAUUGUAGUCCAGGCUGGAAUUUUGGACCUCAAUAACCCGCCCAUAUACUGCGAACUGCGCCAUGUGCGAAAAAUUGCCAUUCACGAGUCGUAUCGAUUCCUGGUCAACAAUAUAGCUUUGCUCAAGUUGGAUGUCCCUUUUGACUUUGCCAAGAGCCAGUGGCACAUCGGCGCUGUCUGUCUUCCCGCCAAGGAUCACCCGUUAAAGGGCAACGUUGUAGUCACCGGCUGGGGAGCCAUAUCACACGGCAGACCAACUUCUUCGCAUCUGCUCGCUCUAUCAGUUCCUGUAAGACCGCCUAUGAUAUGUACCCGGCAAACUCAGGAAAGUUACAAUUCCAAGAUCAUGUUCUGCGCCGCAAGCCCCGGGAGGGACUCGUGCCAGGGUGACUUCGGCGGUCCAGCCGUGCAGAAGGAAAGCGGUUCAUCCAUCCUUGUCGGCGUGGUCUCGUACGGCGCUCCCUGUGGCUUGGUUCCGGUCAUCUACACCAGGGUGUCAGCCUACACUGCCUGGAUUUAUAAGAACAUCGCCAAGUUACAGUCGUGACAGCAAGCUCUGUCUCCAAGAAAGAGCAAUACAUAUUC